UAUUGUUUUGAAGUGUGCGAAGGAGAGAGCGAGAGCGCAGAGCAAUGCUGGGCAAGGGUUUCAAAUCUUCGAAAUGCAAAACGCUCCUCAAGCUUGCGACGUCUCGGAUCAAGCUCUUGAGGAACAAGAGGGACAUCCAGGUGAAGCAAAUGCGGCGCGACAUUGCACAGAUGUUGGGGACUGGCCAGGAACCUAGCGCUCGCAUCCGGGUAGAGCAUGUUAUCAGAGAGCAAAACAUCAUGGACGCGUAUGAUAUGGUGGAGCUUUUCGCUGAGCUCAUUGUAGUGCGUUUGCCAGUGAUCGAUGGCCAGAAGACAUGUCCGGCCGACUUGAAGGAAUCCAUCGCAAGUUUGAUCUUUGCAGCAGCAAGGUGUGCUGAUCUACCCGAGCUCGCUGAUAUAAAAUCGUGUUUUGCUCUCAAGUACGGGAAGGAGUUUGUUGCUGCUGCUGCUGAGCUGAGGCCGACUUGUGGUGUUAGCCGGAGGAUAAUCGAGAAAAUGUCCGUCCGAGCUCCGUCCGGAGAGACGAAACUAAAGGUGCUCAAAGAAAUAGCUACGGAAUAUGGUGUGGUCUGGGACCCCAGGGACACUGAGGCCGACCUUCUAAGCCAGCCCGAGGACCUUCUCGAUGGUCCUCACAAGUUCCAGUCGGCCACCGAGAUGCCUCGGCCUCGCUCCGAUCCUCCUCCAAAGCCUGUCAUGAACACCAAAGCUUCGACAUUCACCAAUUCUUCCAUGUUUGUCAACUCAAGAGCGUCGAUAACUCCGCGCAGUUCGUUUCCUCAGGAGAACCACGCUCACUCCACCAUGAACGGUCCGGGCACUCCAGCUUACAAGGACGUCGCCGCCGCGGCUCAAGCGGCGGCGGACUCGGCCGAGCAAGCUGCUGCUGCUGCCCGAGCCGUGGCAAAUCUGGCAACGAGACAGGUGCUCCAGGGACUCUCGGAGCAAAUCCUGAACACGGUGCCGUGUGACGAAGAAACUAGCCCAAGAUCAUACAAGCUCCGUGACUACUUGUCUGGUGCCGCCAACGAGGUCGAUGACUCGCCAGUUUCCAGCUUCAAUGGUCGCACCAGGCAUUCCCACAGCGAGCUUUUCCGUGAUCACGGCGGCUCCAGCCCGGACGAUCACGACGAUCUGACUGCUCGCUUCCAAGCGCUCAAAUCUAGACGCUGCUGAUCAGUUGGUUUUAAGCUAAAGGUGAUAGAUGUUUCAACUGGUGUAAGCUAAAAGGUAAUUUGAAGAUAUCUGCUUAUAUGAA